AUGUCGCUGCAGAUGGACCCGCCGGCGCCGCCCGCGCGCCGCUCCAACGUCACCAGCUGCGACCUGCACCCGGACGAGGCCUUCACCGGCUUCUGCGCCGCCUGCCUGCGCGAGCGCCUCGCCGGCCUCGAGCCGCCGGACCUCCGCCGAUGCAAGUCAUUCUCCUGCGGCCGCGGCGGGGACGUGCUCUCCGCCGCCGCCGCUGCUGCGGCGGCGGCCGCCAGGGGGGACGAGCCGCAGCGGCACUCGUGCGACGUGCGCGGGCGUGCCACGCUGUGGGCGCUGUUCCACCAGGACGACCGCGACCGUGUCCGCGACGGCACGGCCUUCGGUUCCUUCCCUGUCUCGUCUUCCGCCGCCGCCGCCGUGGCGCUCAACACCGCCGUCUCUCUUCCAAUCCAGCACCCGCCACCGCCACCGCCGCCGCCGCGCGUGCUGGAGGACUUCUCGGAGGAGGACAUACCCGUGGUGAUGGAGUACUCGGAGGACGAGAUAACGGAGGUGGUGGAGGAGCCCGUUCUUCUUCCGGCAGCGGACACCUCCUCCGGGGAGAUCAUCGAAACCGAGCCCAACGUGAGGGCCAUGAAGGACCACAUGGACCUCGAGUCGUCGGACCCCGCGAAGCCGGCGCCGGCGCUGAAGGAGAUCGCGGGGAGCUUCUGGGUGGCGGCGUCCGUGUUCAGCAAGAAGUGGCAGAAGUGGCGGCGCAAGCAGAAGCUCAAGAAGGACGCGGCCGUGAGCAAGGCCGCGGCCGCGGCAAUGCCGCCGCCGGAGAAGCCGUCGAAGCCGUCGUUCCUCCGGCGCCGGCGCCUGCGCGGGGAGGCCGGGUCGGAGCACGCGCUGGGGCGGCGCUCGUGCGACACGGACCCGCGCUUCUCGCUCGACGCCGGCCGCAUGUCCGUCGACGACGCGGGCUUCAACUGGGACGAGCCGCGCGCGUCCUGGGACGGGUACCUGUUCGGCGCGGGCGCCGGCGCAGGAGGUGGACUCGGCCGCGCGCCGCCGCCGCUCACGCGCCUCCCGCCCAUCCUGUCGGCGAUGGAGGACGCGCCGGGGGGGCCCGUGGUGGAGCGGUCGGACGGUCAAAUCCCCGUGGAGGACGACGCUGACCCGGAGCCGCCAGGUGGGUCCUUCCAGACGAGGGACUACUACCUGGACUCGUCCAGCCGCAGGCGGCGCAGCCUGGAGCGCACCAGCUCCGUCCGCCGGCCGUCGUUCGAGGUCCCCGAGCUGCAGAAGCCAGCGGCGAACGGCAACGAGUCUCCUCCUCCCAUCGGCGGCGGCCCGGAGUUCUACCACUUCCACCACGCGGAGGACCUGCUGGACCGCGGGUUCAGCUCCAACUCGCUGGUGGAGGACAUCUCCGCGAGCCUGGAGGCCGCGCUGUCCGGCGGGGCGUCGUGCAAGAAGCCGCCGCGGUGGCGCAAGGCGUGGAGCCUGUGGGGGUUCAUCCACCGGCGCGCCGCGGGGCGCAGGGCCGGCGGCGGCGGGCCGUCCGACAUCGCGGACCGCUCGUUCUCGGAGCCGUGGCCCGACCUGCGCGUCCGCGGCGGGGCUGGCGGCGGCAGCGGCAUGCAGCGGUGCGGCAGCAACCUGAGCGCGCGCAGCUCGUUCAGCAGCAACAGCGGCGGGCUGGGCAGCUCGCGGCGCAGCUACGUGGACGUGCACGGCAACGUGCGGCGGCGGGGCGAGGAGCUGCACCCGCCGUCGCAUGGGUUGGAGCGGAACCGCAGCGCGCGGCACUCGCCGGGGCGCGGCAGCGUGGACAACGGCAUGCUGCGGUUCUACCUGACGCCGAUGCGGAGCGGCGGCGGCGCGCGGCGAGGGGGAGGGGGAGGCGGCGUGCCGGGCAAGGCUGCCGCCGGGCGGAACCAGCUGACGUCGCAGUCGUUCGCGCGGAGCGUGCUCCGUCUGUCUCAUAAUUCACACAAAAGAAAGCAUACUGUGAAAGGCACGCAGUGUGUUUCUGAUUCUUCAUGUAUCGAGCAGACGUCCGAGGAGCUUCCAUGGGGCAUAAUCUGGAUGCUGUCAGGCGGGCAGGAUGCAGGAUACAUUACCCAGAUCGCACAUGCAGCAAACCAGAUCGACGCGCCACCUGUAAAGUUCGAACUAAUCGAUCAGGAGACAAAACUUCCCAACGGUGUCAGGGACGCCGCUGCUACCCCUGCCUCAUCCUACCUCAGCUCCAAGCACAGCUCCAGCCACGGUUCCUACCGCAACUCCAAGCAUAGUUCCUACCGUAGUUCAUACCUCAUCAGUUCCUACGCUAGCUCCAACCGUAGCUACAACCACAGCUCCAACCCGAGCUCCUACCUCAUCUCCAACCCGACCUCCUACCUCAGCUCCAACCCGACCUCCUACCCCUGCUAA